AUGAUCCAGCUGUACCUUUCAACCCCCCAGUUCAAAGCACAAAUCCCUAAUUGGGCGCUCGCCUUUACCGUGGCUGCUGCUUUCUUGGUUGCAGAAACUGCCACGCCUUACGCCCGCGAGUUUCUGCUUGUGGAUCCCACCAUCAACCACCCAUUCACCUAUGAUGAACGUAUUACGGGUCCGUUCUGUCUAUUCCUCGUUUCCCUGAUUCCGUUUGCUGUUAUUACUGCCUGUGUGUUUGUGCCAUUCCAGAAAGGAAUAGUUUCGAACCACUCCAAAUUGCAUUUGUACCACGUUUCUCUUCUCGCGCUCGUCAUAGUGCUCUCGAUGAAUGGGCUUGCGACGGACUUGUUGAAGAACUGGAUCGGGAGACCGCGUCCGGACUUUUUGGCCAGAUGUGGUGCCCAAAAGAUGUCUCUUGAAGCCAUGUCACUGAAAUUCUACACGGCGGAAAUCUGUACGGCCCCGUUGGGUGCUGCUGUGCUUGAAGAUGGGUUCAGAUCAUGCCCAUCGGGCCACACCUCCUUUGCGUUUGCUGGCUUGGGCUUCUUGGCUCUUUGGUGUGGAUUCCAGUGGCAGGUGCUUCGUACGGAUGUGUUGGUAUGGCGUGUGUUCGUGGGAUGCAUCGCCCCUAUCAUGGGUGCCUUUUACAUUGGGAUUUCCCGUAUUUUGGACUACAGACACCAUUUCGAAGACAUCAUGUUUGGGAUGCUCGUGGGUCUGGCUAUUUCCGUGACGGUUUUCUUCAAGUUCAGACUGGUGUUGUGCACCCCUGGGAGUGAAGAGGAGAUUGCAAAGCCAGUGUUGCCUCUCUGA